UGCAGUGAAGAGGAAUGCGACCGGAGAGCGAUAUCGAGGGGCCUAUGCAGCGAACAUGGCGGGGGCAGAAGGUGCUUCCAUCCAGGAUGUGGCAUGCGUAUAGCCAAAGAUGACAAAUGCUUCAAGCACGGAGGAGGGACGCUAUGUUCGUAUCGAGGCUGCACCAAGUUUGCGCAUUACAAUGGCCGGUGCAAUCCUCAUGGUGGAGCGAGACCUUGUUUGUACCCUGGAUGCACUAAGUGCGGCCGAGAAGGAGGGAUGUGCUUCGAGCACGGCGGGGGGAAACGAUGCUCCGAGCCAGGCUGUGACAAGCUUCGAGUGUCCAAGGGAAGGUGCUUUGAUCACGGAGGAGGCAAGCGGUGCUGGGUGGAGGGGUGCGAGAAGCGCUCAAAGCUGAAAGGUUUAUGCAUCAGACAC